AGCCCCCAUUAAAAUUCGAGAAGCAGAGCGGCGAGGCAGAGGAUGAGGCAGUAGCCGCCAGCUAAGUGGUGGCAAGGAGCGGAGUUUGGGUCAGCAUGCGGGAGAUAGUCACCCUGCAGAUCGGCGGAGCCGGCAAUGCCAUCGGCGAUUCGUUCUGGCACGUGAUCUCGCACGAGCACGGCGUGGACUACGCCUCGGGCAGAUUCGGCGGCACCAGCCCCCUGCAGCUGGAGCGCAUCAAUGUGUUCUUCAAUGCCACGGCCAGCAAGCGGUUCUACGCCCGCACCAUACUCAUCGACACGGAGGCCAGCACCAUCCAGCGGCUGAACGCCAGCAGCCAGCUGUACCGGCCGGAGAACUUUGUGGCCGGAUCGGAGAGUGCGGGGAACAACUUCGCCCGCGGCUAUCACACGGAUGGGGCGGCCAUCCUGGAGCAGGUGCUGGACAACACGCGGCGGGAGGUGGAGUCGGUGGACUCGCUGCAGGGCUUUCAGCUGCUCCACUCGAUCGGUGGCGGCACCGGCUCCGGCCUCACCUCGCUGAUAAUGGAGGCCCUGGUCGAGCAGUAUCCGGACAACUUGCUCUGCAACUAUGUGACCAUCCCGUCGCCCAACAUGUCCCAGGUGGUGGUGGAGCCGUACAACGCCCUGCUGAGCACCCCGGCCCUGGUGAACAACUCGCACCUGACCUUUUGCCUGGACAACGAGGCGCUGUUCCAGAUCUGCAACAGGAAUCUCAAGAUCAAGAUGUCCGGCUACGAGCACAUCAACCACAUUGUGGCCCUGACCAUGUCGGGCAUAACCACCUGCCUGCGCUUUCCGGGCCAGCUGAAUGCGGGGCUGCGCAAGAUCUACGUGAACAUGGUGCCGUUCCCGAGGCUGCACUUCCUCAUACCGGGAUUCGCGCCGCUGGUCACCUGCAAGCAGCAGCAGUUCAGCAAGGGCACCGUUUCGGAGCUGGUGCAGCAGAUCUUCUCCAGCAACAAUCUGCUGUGCGCCAUCGACCUGCGGAAGGGCAAGCUGCUGACGGCUGCGGGCAUUUUCCGGGGCCGGAUGUCGCCGCGCGAGGUGGACCAACUGAUGACCGGGGUGAGGAACAAGAACAUCAGCAAUUUCGUGGACUGGAUACCGAACAACAUCAAGACGGCCAUCUGUGACAUACCGCCGCGGGGCCUCAAGAUGUCGGCCACCUUCAUAGGCAACACCACGGCGAUUCAGUCGCUGUUCCAGCGCCUGCUGGACGGCUCCAUGGCCAUGCUGCGGCGCAAGGCCCACCUGCACUGGUACACGGGCGAGGGCAUGGAGGAGCAGGAGUUCCAGGACGCCCAGCAGGAGCUGCAGGCCAUCAUCGACGACUACCGCAGCAGUGCCGAGGGCGAGGAUUCCGGCGGCGGCGGAGCAGGCGCUGGCCGCACUGGCAGCGCCGGGGACGAGAGCGGCGAUGAGGAGGGCGCCGCCGCCUCCGCCGGUCCCCAGUGCCCCUACUGCGCCGAUUAGCCCACCGACAUCCCUUCCACACAGCCCAUCAGGCCUCCCGAAGCGGGGAUUCACCGAGCCUGGGGUUGCCAAAUUCAAAAAGUGUCCUCCUUUGUCGUCUCGCGUCUUGGAUUCGGAUUCAUGCAGGCUCCUGGGGCAGCUGCAACUGUUCAGGAUGCAUUUCGAGUAGAAAAAAAUAUAUAUAUACUUUGCAUAA